AUGCCUCGAUGCCUCGACUCGACGGCCUGGACCCGUUGGGACCCCCCCUUUCGCCUUCUCCCUCGCUCCUUCACCCUUGUGCUUGGUUUCUCGAAGCGUUGCAACAAGACUCUUCUCCAUACCGUUGCUACAAGCUGCCUUCUCCAUAGCUCUUGCAACGAAUUCGCAACGAUGGACGAGUCAAUCCUUCGAUGCGUAAUUUGCCCCGGGCAGCCAAUCUUCAGCGACAUGUCUCAUCUCCUGACACACGUCUCAUCCAAGGCUCAUUUGGCUCAUCAAUUCAAGCUAGGCGUUCGCGGCCACCAGGAACCAACUGCCGCUUCACUGCUCGCGGAAUACCUCCAUUGGUUCGAAACCAACAACAUUCACAAGUUGCUUGCUGACCGAAUCUCGUCCAAGAACGACCGCAAGAACAAGAGAAAUCCGCUGAAACACGGACACAAGGGAUUGUCAACCCAGAUCACCUCGACAAACCCUCUUUCAGCCGAGGCUGAUGAUGCAGAUGCGAUCCAAGGCACCUUGACAACCUUCCUUCCACCUGAUGCUGUGGACACGGAUGCCGAUUCGAAAGAAACAAGUUCUUUCCCAGAAUACAUUGACCCUCGCCUGCGCGAAUCCUACAAUGCUGUCCACCAGCAUGCAUUGACCCCCGAGGAGGGGUUGGAUAUGACAGUUUGCUCAGUUACCAAAUCUUCGUCUCGUCCCAUUAGAGAUAUUCAACGGAACCAUUUCGUACCUUCUCCAGCUGACACUGUCGUCCGUCGUACGGGAAGAUCUGGCAACGAUCCACCGGCUGGCGAGGUCGACCGUUUUGGUACUACCUCGACCAACAACUUUGAACCGACUAGCUGGGAUGGCCAGGGCGCCAUCACUGAUGGUUUCGCAAGUCAGCAUGCCUCCCUAUCCAUGACCCCGAACGCGCCUGGAACUGAAGGCCCGGUCGAAGGGGAAACCGGAAACGAUGACAGGGCUCGUGAGUUGGCUAGACUAAAGGGUUUUGUGUUGCCCGGAAUGGACGUCUUCGAUUCGGCCCCGGAGCAAAUGCGACGAAUGCGCAAUCAAAAGAAAGACGGCGCCAUUAUGAGAAAGUUGGAAAAAACUUCUCAGCUCGUCGAACCCACCGAACAGAUCUUCACUCCCACUGGAGACUUACUGAAGUGCCGUGUCAUUUCCGGCAACGCCGAUGAUGAAAGCCCUGUGGAGGGCGAGUCCCCAAUCCCGAAGAAGAGUAUGCUCCGCGGCAAACGAGGCGUACUGCGGGACCGCGACCCCAACAUUCUACUCGGCAAGGACAGAAAGCGUGUCAAAAGAGACCUGAUCCAAGCGGAAGACACUGUUGAACCUGACACUUUCAUCUAUCACAAUGGUCAUUUCGGAGCGGCCCAUGAACCCAAGGACGAAGAAAUGGAACUGACUGCGCAAGCAUUCGGAAAACCACGCCGGGCUGGGUUCACUGUCUUCAACGACACGGACGAGCACGACAACCGGGCACCUCGGACCAUUGGUCAUGACAACCAGAAUCUUCAAGCCUCUCAUAAAACUUUGACAUUAAGCCAACUUGACCUCGAUAUCAAUUCGAACAUUUCAUACAAUCAUGGACAUACGACCCUGGCGGAACAAAACAUUGAGCCCAACUUGGACACUCCUCUCGGCCCCGCAGCACCCAAGUGGAAUUCGAUGAUGCCAUUUUUGAAUAGAAGUGACCCUCACAUAAACGGCUAUGCGACUUCUCACUUCUCUGAUGAGACAUGGCCCAACAGUUUCCUUCUCGACGAUCAGGCACAUUAUGGAUUCCACGUCAAUCCGCUGCGUGGUCCUCUUCCUGCGGAGACAGUCACGUUUACACAGCCCUCGGACGAUGAAGAUAUAGGCUGGCCUAUGUCCUCUGACGCCACUUUCUCAGAUGAGCCUUACCAUGAAUACAGCCAGGUGUAA